CCUGCCCCUCGUCGCUAUGGUCGCCCUCCAGAUCGAACUCAUGUGGAGAUAUAAACUCAUUUCCGGCUUCUCAUCGGCGGCUGACUUCUUAGCGUACGCCAUAGUGACGCACCUGAUGUGGCCGACCCGUCAGAAUCACCACUUCCUCACCCAUCAGACGGACGUGGACUACACGGAAGAGCUCGAGUACUACGACGACAGCUCUAUCAGCCACUCCGAGACGUUUAACUUCACGAACACCAACUAUAGAGACAAUCAUCACCACAACAACAGAUCCAACGGCUACUCAUAUGAUAAUCACUUGCGGUGUGAUAUAAAAGCGUAGCUUUGAUUCGUUAGGC